UGUGUGUGAAAGAGAGCCCGGCCCGCGGAGGACGAGGAGGGGGCCUGCGCCUUGGGCCCCGCCCCUGCUGUCCCGGCAGUGGACCCUUGGCUUGCGCGGCCGCCCCGCCCCACCCCAGGAAGGCCCGCCCACGGAAGAGCCCCGCCUCGGGCCCGCCCUCAGGCAACCCCGCCUCCGGCAUCAGCAAACUAACCGCUGCUGCCUCCGCUGCCGCUGCCACCCGGACCGAGGCGACAUGAGGAGCAGGAGCAACUCCGGAGUCCGGCUGGAUGGCUACGCCCGCCUGGUACAGCAGACCAUCCUGUGCCACCAGAAUCCUGUGACUGGCUUACUUCCAGCAAGCUGUGAUCAGAAAGAUGCUUGGGUCCGGGAUAACGUCUACAGCAUCCUGGCGGUGUGGGGCCUGGGCCUGGCUUACCGCAAGAAUGCCGACCGCGACGAGGACAAGGCCAAAGCCUAUGAGUUGGAGCAGAGUGUCGUGAAGCUGAUGAGGGGGCUGCUGCAGUGCAUGAUCAGACAGGUGGACAAAGUCGAGUCCUUCAAAUACAGUCAGAGCACCAAGGAUAGUCUCCACGCCAAGUACAACACCAACACCUGCGCCACCGUGGUAGGAGACGAUCAAUGGGGCCACUUGCAGCUGGACGCCACCUCCGUGUUCCUGCUCUUCCUGGCCCAAAUGACAGCCUCAGGGCUCCACAUCAUCCACAGCCUAGAUGAGGUCAAUUUCAUACAGAAUCUUGUGUUUUACAUCGAGUCUGCUUAUAAAACAGCUGAUUUUGGCAUAUGGGAACGUGGCGAUAAGACCAACCAAGGCAUAUCGGAACUGAACGCGAGCUCUGUCGGGAUGGCCAAGGCGGCCCUGGAAGCCUUGGAUGAGCUGGACCUGUUUGGCAUGAAGGGGGGUCCCCAGUCCGUAAUUCACGUCUUGUCGGAUGAGGUCCAGCACUGCCAGUCCAUCCUCCAUUCCAUGCUGCCCCGGGCCUCGAUGUCCAAAGAGGUGGACGCCAGUGUCCUUUCGGUGAUUUCCUUCCCAGCAUUCGCGGUAGAGGACAGUCAGCUGGUGGAGAUUACGAAGCAAGAAAUAGUCACCAAGCUUCAGGGUCGUUAUGGCUGCUGUCGCUUUCUCCGAGAUGGGUACAAAACCCCCAAAGAGGAUCCUCAUCGUCUGUACUAUGAGCCAGCUGAGCUGAAGCUGUUUGAGAACAUUGAGUGUGAAUGGCCUUUGUUCUGGACCUACUUCAUCCUGGACGGGGUCUUCAGUGGCAACGUGGAGCAGGUCCAGGAGUACCGGGAAGCCCUUGAAGGGGUCCUUAUCAAGGGCAAGAAUGGGGUUCGCCUUCUCCCUGAGCUCUAUAGUGUCCCUCCUGAAAAGGUCGACGAAGAGUACCAGCAUCCUCACACCGUGGACCGAGUGCCCAUGGGCAAGCUGCCCCACAUGUGGGGCCAGUCCCUAUACAUCCUGGGAAGCUUGAUGGCCGAGGGGUUUUUAGCACCUGGAGAAAUUGAUCCUCUGAAUCGCAGGUUUUCAACUGUCCCCAAGCCAGAUGUUGUGGUUCAAGUGUCCUUUGUAGCUGAGACAGAAGACAUCAAGACCAUCUUGAGGAACAAUGGAAUUGAUGUGGAGACCAUUGCCGAAGUGUACCCCAUCAGAGUACAACCAGCCCGAAUCCUCAGCCAUAUCUAUGCCAGCCUAGGCCGCAACAACCGGAUGAAACUCAGUGGAAGACCGUAUCGGCACAUGGGGGUCCUAGGAACAUCUAAACUCUAUGACAUUCGUAAAACCAUCUUUGCUUUCACACCACAGUUCAUAGAUCAGCAACAGUUCUAUUUGGCCCUUGACAACAAGAUGAUAGUAGAGAUGCUGCGAACAGACCUGUCCUACCUGUGUAGCCGCUGGAGGAUGACAGGCCAGCCCACCAUCACCUUUCCCAUCCUGCACACCAUGCUUGAUGAAUCGGGAACUGCCAUAAAUGCAUCUGUCUUGACUAUGCUCAGAAAAAUGCAGGAUGGCUAUUUCGGCGGGGCCAGGGUCCAAGCUGGUAAGCUGUCUGAGUUCCUGACGACAUCCUGCUGUACACGCCUGAGCUUCAUGGAUCCUGGCCAGGAGGGUAAGCUGUAUGGUGGGAAUUGUGAUGAUGAUGAAGAAGAUGACUAUAAUGAUGAAGAGCUCUACUCGGACAACUGGCUGGGUGGCUUUGACUCCCGCAAGCAAGCAAGAAGGGGAAACCCUUUUUUAAGGGGAAUUGUUACUCCUGCCUCCAACCCCUCCCCAACCUUAGAGCUCACUUACCUUUCCCCAAAGGAGCCAGCCUCCCGAACGGCAGUACAAACAACCCAUGACUACAUGUCCUUGGUGACCAAGGCUAAGGAGCUGCAUGUACAGAAUGCUCACAUGUACCUUCCCACAAAGUUACUGCCAGCCUCCCGAACUUCCUUCAGCUUCCUGGAUGCCACGCCUCUGUCUCCCCAAGCUGAGCAGGUUCCUUCUGUCCACGUGGAGAUGCACCUUCCCCGGGACGAAUCUGGGGAGAUAGACUUCCAGGCCCUGGUGGGCCAGUUGCACGCGUGCCCAAGCUUACAGGACCAAGCUGACAUCCUCUACGUGCUUUACACCAUGAAGGGUCCUGACUGGAACACUUCCAUAGCUGGCGGUGAGGAAAGUGGGACGGUCCAGGAGCUCCUCGUUGCCCUGUACGGCAAAGCCGGGGAAGCACGCCAUUGGGGCCUGAUCCGCUACAUCUCUGGCAUUCUGAAGAAGAAAGUGGAAGCCCUGGAUGAGGCCUGCACGGAUCUGCUGUCUCACCAGAAGCACCUGACGGUGGGACUCCCUCCAGAGCCACGGGAGAAGACCAUCAAUGCUCCCCUACCCUAUGAAGAGCUCACCAAGCUGAUCGAUGAAGCAAGUGAGAACGAUGUAAACAUCUCCAUCCUCACCCAGGAAAUCCUGGUGUACCUGGCCAUGUACAUGCGAACUCAACCCAGCCUUUUUGCGGAGAUGUUCCGGCUCCGGAUCGGUCUCAUCAUCCAGGUGAUGGCGACGGAACUGGUGCAGUCGCUUAACUGCUCAGCUCAAGAAGCCACAGAGAGCCUGAUGAACCUCAGUCCUUCGGCCAUGAAGAACCUAUUGCACCACAUUCUCAGUGGCAAAGAGUUUGGCGUGGAAAGAAGUGUGCGUCCUACCGAUUCCAAUGUCAGCCCCGCUAUUUCCAUUCAUGAAGUCGGCGCUGUGGGAGUGAGCCGAACCGAACGGGCCGGAAUCAUGCAGUUAAAAAGUGACAUAAAGCAGGUGGAAUUACGCCGGCAUUCUAUCUCAGUUGAGAAUCAGCCCAGUGGUGGCCAUGGCCUGAGUAUUGAGCCAACAUCCUCGCCUUUUCUGUCUCCCGGACCUUCAUUAAGCCCAAGUGGGAGCUCCUUCACAGGCACCUUCAGAGAGCAGGCCUGGAAAGACUCUCGCCAGGGCCAGUGGCAGCGCCGGCGCAGGCUCGAUGGAGCCCUGAACAGGGUCCCCAUCGGGUUUUAUCAGAAAGUGUGGAAAGUCCUGCAGAAGUGCCACGGUCUCUCCGUGGAAGGCUUCGUUCUCCCUUCUUCGACGACCAGAGAGAUGACACCAGGGGAGAUCAAGUUCUCGGUUCACGUGGAGUCCGUCCUCAACCGUGUUCCUCAGCCAGAAUACCGGCAGCUCCUGGUUGAAGCCAUCCUCGUCCUGACCAUGCUGGCAGACAUUGAAAUCCAGAGCGUAGGUGGCAUCAUCGCUGUGGAAAAGAUCGUGCACAUCGCCAACGAGCUCUUCCUCCAAGAGCAGAAAGCGCUCGGGGCAGACGACAGCAUGCUGGCCAAGGAUCCGUCGUCUGGCAUCUGUACCCUCCUGUACGACAGCGCCCCCAGUGGCAGGUUCGGCACCAUGACCUACCUCUCGAAAGCUGCAGCUACCUACGUGCAAGAGUUCCUGCCUCACAGCGUCUGCGCCAUGCAGUGAGGCCUCUGUCCGGCCGGGGGCUGCUGCAGGAGGCUGAGCGUGCCCUCCCUCCCCUUUCCUCCUUAGCUUAGAGGGGAAGCCCCUACCACAAGCUUGGGCAGAAGCAAAGUCUAGAAGCUCACUUAGAGCGGUCCCUGGCACCCUUUCACCAGGGACGGCUCCCAGUGCGCUGGCUUGAUGUUAAGUCCACUCCUGACUCAUUUUCCCGGUUUUCAGCCUAACUUAUUCCUCUCCUCUCAGGUUACUGUCUUGUGGGGUCCCAGGCCGGGCAGGUCAAUGGGCAGACUCCGUCCUCCUUCCCUAAGGAGGUUCCGGGCUGUCCUGCUCCAUCUCACUGUCUUCCGGGCCUCCAGCCACCAGCCUCCAGCCUCCCCUCACUUUCUCCAUAGGCACUUAGAGGGUGUGGGACACAUCUGGCUGCAGCUGAGUGUGCACAUGGAUGGGACUCUCACUGUGCCUGUGUGGGCCUGAUGGGAGGGUUCUAGCCCAGCAGGAUUUCUCAGGGUGGGGUUCCUGAACCCUUGCCCUAAGUUCAGUUCUCUGGCCCUGCUCCUAUACCUAGGUCACCUCAUCUAAAGGUUUUUCCAUCUCUUCCUUCUGAUUUCCCUUUCUCCUGGCUCUUCCUCCCUCUCCCUUCCCCUCUCCCGACAAUCAUUCUAGGCUUGGA